GCCACAGCCCCCGGCCCAGUGGGCCCCUGCGCGGCGGCGCCUGGCCGAGCCGCCCGCCCGCCCCGGGUGCCUCGCGGACGGGAGGACCGCGAACUCCCAACUUCCUGAAUUCUAAGCUGCUGUUGCUUCAGACAAUGGAUGCGCAGUCUCAAGGAAUGCAAGGGCCCCCUGUUCCUCAGUUCCAACCACAGAAGGCCUUACGACCAGAUAUGGGCUAUAACACAUUAGCCAACUUUCGAAUAGAAAAGAAAAUCGGUCGUGGACAAUUUAGUGAAGUUUAUAGAGCAGCCUGUCUCUUGGAUGGAGUACCGGUAGCUUUAAAAAAAGUACAGAUAUUUGAUUUGAUGGAUGCCAAAGCACGUGCUGAUUGCAUCAAGGAAAUAGACCUCCUUAAGCAACUCAACCAUCCAAAUGUAAUUAAAUAUUAUGCAUCAUUUAUUGAAGAUAAUGAGUUAAAUAUAGUUUUGGAAUUAGCAGAUGCUGGUGAUCUAUCCAGAAUGAUAAAGCAUUUUAAGAAACAGAAGAGGCUAAUUCCUGAGAGAACUGUUUGGAAGUACUUUGUGCAGCUCUGCAGUGCCUUGGAACACAUGCAUUCUCGAAGAGUCAUGCAUAGAGAUAUCAAACCAGCAAAUGUGUUCAUUACAGCCACCGGGGUGGUAAAACUUGGUGAUCUUGGGCUUGGCCGGUUUUUCAGCUCCAAGACCACAGCUGCACAUUCUUUAGUGGGUACACCUUAUUACAUGUCUCCAGAGAGAAUACAUGAAAAUGGAUACAACUUCAAAUCUGACAUCUGGUCUCUUGGCUGUCUACUAUAUGAGAUGGCUGCGCUACAGAGUCCUUUCUAUGGUGACAAAAUGAACUUAUACUCACUGUGUAAGAAGAUAGAACAGUGCGACUACCCACCUCUGCCUUCAGAUCACUACUCAGAAGAAUUACGGCAGUUAGUUAAUGUGUGCAUCAACCCCGAUCCAGAGAAGCGGCCGGACAUCACCUACGUCUAUGAUGUCGCGAAGAGAAUGCACGCGUGCACCGCAAGCAGCUAAGCACGCACAGCAUCUUCAAGAACACCAACAAAAAUAAUUUAAAGUAUUUCUGUGCAAAUCAUACCUCCCCCUUUGUCUGGGUGUUAAGAGUAAUAUUUCAGAGCUUAUGUGCUUUGAAUCCUUAACCAGUUUUCAUGUAAGCUUCAUUUUGUACCAGUCUAAAUCAUUCUUGCAAACCCCAAAUGCCUUUGAAAUAAUUGAAUUGCAUGUUAGGAGAGUAAAUGAAACAUGAUGGUUUUUGAUGGCUAAAGGGUUUUAGAAUUGCUUAGUGUUUUCUGUUGAUAAAUUGUGUUUCCGUAGACUGUCAGUGCCAAAUAGUGACAGUGCAGCUUGGCACGUGUCAGGAUAGACUUGAAACCCAAGGAGAACUAUCUAAACACAUGGCUUCUUUGCAUUUUAGUCAUUUAUGGACAUUGAGGUGAACACAUUGUGAAGUUUGUGAUUUCUUUUUUUAAAGUUUGAAGUAUAUAUUUUAGUGUUAGCAGUAUAGCAUUCAAAUAUAAUUUACAAUAAAUGUAGACAUAGACUGAGAAGCAUUUAAAAUUCUUAGCUUAUACAUUCAAAAUGCAGUUUUUAAAUGUGAAAAGAUUUGGAGACAAAAAUGUGAGUCAGACACUGAAGAGUUUUUUUGUUUUGUUUCAAUAUCUUUCAUAAUCUCUUUGCAUUAAAGUGGUAUAAAUGAAUCCAUUUAAAACAUGGUUAAGGAUUUGGCUGGUGUGAUAGUAAUUUUUAAAGUUGCACAUUACCCAAAGCUUUUGUGUUUUUAUUACUGUUUGUACAUUUGAAAAAUAUUCUUUGAAUAAUCUUACAGUACUAUGUUUCAGUUUCUUUAUGAAUUGAAAUGCAUUUUAACACAUAAUUGUACACUAUAAUGUAAGCAUAUGUUUUUAUUCAUAGAUUUUAUUGAAGUUCUGGUUGGUCCCCUUCAGAAAUUUUUAUAUUUAAGUUACUUUUAUUUAUAUUGUAUGUGCAUUUUACCCAUUAAUGUUUCAGAUUUUCUGAGGACAUAAUACCCUUUUAAAAGACACUUGGUGUACCAACACUUUUCCUGCAUUGAAACUUUUUAAAUUUUUUUAAAACUUAGGCCACCCUGUGUACAUGUAUUUUGUCUUGAUAGAGAAGACGAAAGGAUGUGUGUUACCCUGUACCUGUGAAUGUUGAGAGUUUCGAUUCAUUUGCCAAGGUUGUAAUUUCAGAAUGUGUUCGGAGAAUGUAAACUGGCUGUACUGCGGCCAGAGCAGCUGAGAGAGCAGCGUUUCUGGUGAGCAAGUGCUGUACCGGUGCAUGAAGAUGGCAGAGAAGGGGAUGCUGCCUGUAGUUCAAGGAAGGGCAGAGCCUAGCAAAGCGGCGGUAGAGGUGUUUUUCCCAAAUGCGUUCACGUUCGUGGUGACCAGCUCCGCCCAGGAUCCUAGGGCCAGAAGCCCUGCGUGGCAGUCCCAGCAAAGGCUGUGGUCCACCAACUAAAACUUUGCAAAGGACGAUCCUGGCAGUGUGAAAACCUCCCGGUCAGAGAAUGCCUGCCUUCAGCCCACGUGACUGCUGGCUUUGUUCUUGCACUAUUUCUUAGACUGACAGGAAUGGAAGUCAUUUUGUAAACUCAAACCUUUGUAAAGGGCUAAAAUCACAAAGCCUUCUGUUUUUCAAUAUCAGUUGUAGAGGGGAUCUGAAGAGUCAUUUAAGCAAGGAAGACCCAAGUUGCUCCUUUGGGUGGGGGCCAGAUGUAUGGCUCCCCAGCUUCCAGAGACUCCGCUCUGGGGACACAGCCCAGAAGCAGGAGGGACGUCGCCUGUGGGGACUGUUAGUGUCAUGUCCAUUGUGGUGUUACGUAUUUGUCUGAGAUGAAAUAUUCUCUGGUUGGAACAGGUACUUCUGUUUUUAACACAUGGAUCUAGAAUUCAUUAGCCUGCCCCUCACGGUGACUUGGCUGUGAGGAUGAAGCUUCUCUUCUCAGGGCUGGAUCUGCUAGCAGGAAAUCACUGGGAAGAAUUUAAUGAUCAGAGAAACCGUUAUUAGUUUCUACAUGUAGAAACAUCAUUUCUGAGAGUUCUUUUUAAAUCUAAACGUUCAUAUUUUUUCUGAUGAAACCACUGUAUAAAAUCAAAUUUUGAAAUGGUCCCAAAGAAUUAUGAAGAUGAUUCUAAGUUCUGAUUUUUAUGAUCACUUGUAAAUGUUCUUUGUCUUUCUAAGUAAAUUUUAUAUUAAGUUAAACAUUUGAGUUGAUUUAAGAAGCAAUAAACUAAAAGAUGCAUCAGAUUCUGAACCUCAUAUAGACAUUGGUACCAGUUACCCAGGGUAAAGUGUGGGGUAACCUUGUUUUGUGUAAUGAGGUUUAGGAGUGCUGGAUGAAGGGUAUUCCUACACGCAUCAAGUGUGCAAUGAUUGUAAAUUUAGUCAGACGACAGCCACUUCCUGAAUGCCUUACCAUUCUACAUAGUGUCUAUUACAAAACACCUUGCUUGUACCCAUUUACUUCAGGUGUUGCUGUUAACAUUUACUAUGAUAUUUAUUUUAACCAAAAUGUUAUUCACAUUAAAUGUUCUUUAAAAUGAAUGUAUUAUGUUUAUAACCCAGAAAUGCAUAAUUACCCUAUGCCUCAUCUUUCAAUAGUACUGUAACAUGGACUUCUUUUGUGAAAUACUUUUAUUUUGUUAUGCUUUAAGUACACAUACAAAAAAGACUGUUAUUAGCUUGAAAAUUGUACAAUACCCUAAUAUAAAAUAU